CUCUCCCAUCUCAUCCUCACCAACUCUUCGCUUCUCUCUUUUUCUUUGUCCAAACUCACAAACACACACACAUCACAGAGGGCAAAGCGUCGUGUAGUUGAAGAGCGACGACUGAAGCAAUGGCCGCUGCUCGGUGUUCUUCCGUGGUUCUCAUGCUGCUACUGACCUGCUGUUGCUCGGCGGCGUCCGCCGCGGAUGAGAAACUCACCCACCUCCACUUCUACUUCCACGAGGUCAACGCCGGCGCGCCCAACGCCACCGUCGUCAACGUCGCCAGCCUGCACAAGAACACGUCGACGUUCGGUGACCUGAACGUGUUCGACAACGCGCUGCGGGAGGGGCCAGACCCGGCGGCGUCGCGGCUCAUCGGCAGGGCGCAGGGGAUCGGGGUGCACGCGUCGCUGGACGAGUCCGGCGGCCUCACCGCCAUCAACUUUGUCUUCUCCGACUACGGCGAGUUCAGCGGCAGCACGCUGGCGACGAUGGGACACUUCACCGUGUCGGGCCCGUCGGAGCGCAGCAUCGUCGGCGGCACGGGCAAGCUCCGGUUCGCGCGCGGGUACAUGACCAGCAAGCUUCUCAGCUCCACGGACACCUCCAUCGUCGUCGUCUUCGACAUGUACUUCACCCUGGCCGACUGAUAGUCGUCCAGUGCACAGACGCAAUUUUUUUUCCUUUUUAAAUUCUGCAUGUACGGACGCAAAUGCCUUGCUGGUUGUACUGAGCUAUCUAAAGUAGGUGAUAAGCCAUCGAUAUUGGGAAUCUGGGUCGUUUUGACUCUGUUUUCUACAAAGUACUUUUUAAGAAUUAAGAAUUAAGAUACUAGACAAAUACUUUUGACA